GCAAAGGCAAGGUUCGCCGUUUCCAUCUUUGCGAUUUUUAACCUCGUCAUAACGUCUGCCCAAGAACGUUUCUCUUCGAACGUCUUUUCAAAUUAUACUAGGCAAUACAGUCCGUUGUAUUUUCAUCUCCCGGCUCAAAAACACCCAAUCAUCCGUGUACUGCCAAUAACCGGAAUCAUGUCCAAGGGCCGUGUUUGUCUCGCCUACUCCGGAGGCCUUGAUACCUCCACCAUCCUCAAAUGGCUGAUCAAUGAUGGCUACACCGUCGUCUGUUUCCUUGCCAACGUCGGCCAGGAGGAAGAUUGGGAGGAGGUCGAAAAGAAGGCACUCAUGCUUGGAGCUGAAAGGAUGGUCAUUCGAGACCUCCAGGCCCAGUUUGUCAAUGAGAUAGUCUUCAGAGCUGUCCAAUGCAACGCUAUUUACGAGGACAGGUAUCUCCUAGGGACCAGCUUGGCCCGCCCAAUCAUCGCUCGCGAACAAGUUCGCGUGGCACAGGAGUUCAAUUGCGAUAGUCUCAGCCACGGCUGUACCGGCAAGGGCAACGACCAAGUCAGAUUUGAACUCGCCUGGCUAGCACUGGCGCCCUCGAUGAAGAUCAUCGCUCCUUGGAGGAUUGAGGCUUUCAUCAGUAAAUUCAAGGGUCGGGCGGACCUCCUCGAGUACGCUCGGGUCAACGACAUUCCCGUCUCCUCGACCCCCAAAGCUCCGUGGAGUAUGGAUGAGAACCUCGUCCAUUGCAGCUACGAGGCUGGGAUCCUCGAGGAUCCGGACCAUGAGCCGCCAAAGCACCUCUGGAAGAUGACCGUUGACCCGCUCGAUGCCCCUGAUAAGCCAUACCACCUCACGAUUCACUUUACCAAGGGCGUGCCUACCAAGGUCGUCACUGAAGACGGAAUAGAGGCCACCGACCCCGUGGAGCUCUUCAAGCUCCUCAACCGCAUCGGUCAUGACAAUGGCGUGGGACGUGUCGACAUUGUCGAGAACCGUUUCAUUGGCCUGAAAAGCCGAGGUUGCUACGAUUCACCAGGCUUGACCAUCCUUCGCCUCGCCCAUGUCGACCUCGAAGGCUUGGUACUGGACAGCAAGGUUCGCGAACUUCGCGACCAGUUCUGCACUAUCUCUUGGAGUCGACAGCUGUACAACGGCAUGUAUUUCUCGCCGGAGAGAGAGCUGGUUGAGAAUUCCAUUAUCUUCUCCCAGCAAAACGUGGACGGAGUUGUCCGCAUGGUGGUCUAUAAGGGCAAUGCUUACACGAUCGGCCGCAGCAGCGAGACCAGCAACCUCUACAGCGAGGAAGAUGCGUCGAUGGACUCUCUUGACACUUUCUCGCCCAUGGACACUUCUGGAUUCAUCGCUAUUCAGGCCAUUCGUCUCAAGAAGUACGGCGAGAGCAAGAUCGCACAGGGUACCCCUCUGACCGAGUCGUGAGGGCUAUAUGUGAAUUUUGAUCUUGCUGGGAGGGUUUCUGCACCACGUCAUCUUCAUCUCAUCCCAUGGAAACUGGGAGGAGCUGGACGGAAGCCAUCUCUAGGUCCGAUUCAACGGGAACAAACGCGGCUUGGCCGUCCUCUUUUAGGGGGAGGCCGAUUACGAUUUGCGAUGUGACUUUAAGACUUGAUGGUCAUGUUGGAGUUAAGCCAACUGACGACGUUGUACAUCAUACUAUUUUCAUCGGCAAACACGAGAUAUUUUCCUGUGCACAGCAAGAUCCUCGUAUGCAAGCCUCGUACUAGACCGAAUUGUAGAGCUCGAAUAGAC